UGAAACUGGUCGUUCACUUUAAACUGCCCUUCUUGUUGUCCACACCCACUGUGUAUGUGCAUGUGUGGCUUAUGUGGAGGAUACAAGUCACAGAGAGGCAGACAAGAGGAUGUGUCAACACAGUAAGGGAAACACUUUGUGCGGCAGAGGAAGUGAUGUCUGAGGUUGAAACUGUGCUCUGCUAGCUUCACACUUCAGAGCAUUGUUCCGUCACAGAGUCACUGCAGAUCUUCGCUGAGGAUGUGCAUUAGAGAGAGAGAGAGCGAGAGUGAGAGAACAUGGAGACAAAGCCAAUGAGAAAAUAGAACCAGAUACUAAAAGAAAUUCAUUGGAGGAUGCAGCCUUUGAGGGCUCAGAGCUUGUAGUCACUAGUAACCAGAGAGUCACUGCAAAGUGUACCUGACUCAGAAUGCACCAGACCGGGCUUCAUUAGGAGAUCCAACUUCAGCCAGUCCACACAUAAUCAUUUUCAGCCUGAUGAGGUUUGGCCUAUAACAAUAAUGAUGAAAGUGAUCUUCAAGGGUGUUAGAAUUCACAAUGCCUAAUGAGUGAUUCAAAUCAUCUCUUGGGCCUAUAUGGCUAUUAUUUUAUUCAAAAGCAGAAGGUUGUGCUCAGCCCAUCUGAAUGUUUUGGUGGACGAGGAACCUAUCGAACGGAGCUCUUCAUGGCUAGAAUAGAAACAUUUGUGUCAGUCACUUGAGUUCCCCAAAAACUCCUGGUUAGUGUCUUCACACAGAUGCAGUAAUUUGGUGGGGAGAAGUUAGAAAAGGUGGCAAGGGAAACUGUGAUAAGUGAAAGAUUCCCUCCACCUCAAAUCAUCGGGCAUCAUGCAGUCAGAUGAUCUCUUCAUCCGCAAGUUUCGCAGGCAGAGCCCACGCCCACCCCUAGCGACAGUGAAUUUUGAAUCCAAGCAGGAUGGUGGUGGUGUGCGGACACGAGUCAUGGCUGAAUGGCCCCCCAGGAGAGAGGGACAGGGAUCAGACAGAGAGAGUGUCAUAUCCAAAACAGCUGAACUGAAUCUGAGGACGGUGGGUCAUGGACACAUCAUGCAGCGCAGCAACAGCGAUGUAACCCUCGGCGAUCUGGAUUCGGCAGGGCAGGUCGGAAGGAAGAUGCUCCGUGUAGGUGGAGACAAAACUGGAACAGGCGGUCAGGGGGAGUCCCUCCACCGAGAAUACGGAAGCCUCUCCUCACUUGAGAGAUCGACACAGUGCCCAGAUCAUGACGGAGAGCAGCAAGGAGCUCUCAGUCCCCAAGCACUGCGCUUUAAAGAUCCCUUGAUUCUGCUGGGGCUGCAAGAGACGCCUCCUGAGCCCGAUGGGUUCUUUCAAACUCUCUCCGCUCCGACAGUGGACACUUCAAAACCGGCCAAGCCCCCCAAACCUGAGGGGCUUGGUAAGAAGGCCAAACCCUCCCCUCCACAAGCCUCUCAAUUCCAAUGUGAUCAGUUUACAGGUGGUGCUUGGGUACGCAAUUUUGCCCACUAUGACGUGCAGAGCAUCCUCUUCGACCUGACUGAGGCUGCCACCAAUCGUGAUAGCAUUGGGCGCAAGAAGAACAUCACAUCAGGUGCGUCAGCUGCCUCUCAGCUUAGGCCUCUCACACAAUCCACACCUUCCUCAAUUUCUCCGGGUGGUGGGGGCAGUGUGGGAUUAGGGGCAAGCUCGGAGGAUGUAGAGCAGUCUCUGCUGGAUGAAGGAGAUGGGAAUGAUAAUGAUCUGCUACUCAGCUGUCCACACUUUCGGAAUGAGAUGGGUGGCGAGGAGAGUGGGGGACUCUGCCUGUCGCGGGGCUGCAGAGGCCGGUGGAGGAGCCUGCAGAGCCCCAAUGAUGCUGUGUCAGUGUUAGAGGAGCCCAGGGAAAGCCACAUCCAACAACAGGGGAAGAGUAACUUCUUCAUAGAACAUGCGGACCUAGGGGCUCGCUACUAUCACAAGUACUUCUAUAUGAAAGACCAUCAGAAUUUCUUUGGUAUGGAUGAGCGUUUGGGGCCAGUGGCCGUCAGUUUCCGCAGGGAGGAAAAAGAGGGAUCAAGUGGGUCCCAGUACAACUACAGAAUAAUAUUCAGGACCACAGAACUAAAGACCCUGCGUGGUUCAAUCCUGGAGGAGUCUGUUCCAUCGGCAGCACGCCACACCACGCCGCGCGGCCUUUCGCCCAAGAGACUGCUGGAGUUCAUAUUGCCUGAUCUCAAUCUACACUGCCUCAGACUGGCCUCCACAUCCCCUAAAGUCAGAGAAACACUGCUUAAACUGGACGAGCAGGGGCUAAAUUUUCAGCGUAAGGUGGGGGUGAUGUACUGCAAAGCGGGACAGAGUACUGAAGAGGACAUGUAUAACAAUGAGAGUGCUGGACCGGCAUUUGAUGAGUUUCUGGACCUUCUAGGAGACAGAGUGCAACUGAAGGGUUGGGAGAAAUACAGAGCUCAACUAGACACCAAAACGGACUCCACGGGUACACACUCUCUGUACACUCGCUACCAGGAUUACGAGAUUAUGUUCCAUGUCUCCACCAUGCUUCCAUACACACCCAACAACACACAGCAGUUACUGAGGAAAAGGCACAUAGGGAAUGAUAUAGUCACAAUAGUCUUCCAGGAACCAGGCGCUUUACCCUUUACACCAAAAGCCAUCCGUUCUCACUUUCAGCAUGUGUUCAUCAUUGUCCAAGUCCAUAAGCCCUGUGCUGAUGAUACUUAUUACAGAGUGGCAGUUACUCGCUCCAAGGACAUCCCUCUCUUUGGUCCUCUGUUCCCUAAAGGUGCACGCUUCCCACGUUCGCUAGCCUUCCGUGACUUUCUCCUUGCCAAAGCCAUUAAUGCAGAAAACGCUGCUGAGAAAUCAGAGAAGUUCCGCUCCAUGGCCACACGCACACGGCAGGAGUACCUGAAAGACCUGGCGGAGAACUACGUCACCACCACACCCAUUGAUUCUUCCACCAAAUUCCCCCUGCUGUCUUUGGGUGGAAAACGUAAAGAAAAGUUAAAGGGAGCUAAGGGGGCAGAGCUUCACAGCGCUGGGGCUUUAGUGUGGGCCGUCACAGCAGUUCAGGGUGGCCAGUGCAAUUGGCUGAACCUGCCCUGCCUGCUGGGCGUGUCGGCAGAAUCGGUGGUGCUCAUCGAGCGAUUCACACGAAGGGUGGUUUUUAAUUGCAGCUGUCGUGAUGUGAUUGGAUGGAAGGCAGUGAUAGAGACCGGAGCUCAGGGUGGGCCUUGCCUGGAUAUCUUCUAUGAGAGGGGUGAGGCGGUGACUGUGUCUGUGCCAGACAGCCAAAUGGAGGAUAUUAAGGAGGUGGUACAGAGGCUUGAGCUGGUUACACGAGGCUGUGAGGCACGUGAGAUCACACCCCUGAGGGAUGGAGUCGGCCAACCCGGCUUCCUGAUGAGUGAGGAAGGCUUUGUAACGGAGCUCCAGCGUUUUGGGUAUGCGGAGAGCGGGGGACUGCAGUUGGAGGCUCGUGUAGUUCGUCUCUGCGGCCAGGUUCUGGUACACCUCAGCCAGGAAGAGAGAAGCAUACUCCUGCGGACUGCACAAAAGAUCCACAUCACAGUCAUACCUCCAGACAAGAAUGGAAAACCACGCAAGAGUUUCUCUGAGCUGUACCAGAAAGCCAUUCAAGAUGCCGAGAGCAAGUCUGGAGAGGGAUGCUCUGGUGAAGCCUGGGUCUUGGAUGAGCGAGGAGAAGAGGCUGAUGAUGAUGAUGGUGAUGAUGAUGAUGAUGGAGGGGAAGAUGACAAGAAAGAGGAUGAAAAUAGGGUGUCAGACAGCGAAACUCAAAAGAAGGAGAGACGUGAAGAGGAGAUAGAAAUUUCAGGGAGCGAGGAUGCAUACUCGCUUCUCUCUCCACCCAGCUUGGCCCUCUUGCGGGCAACGUCCCUGCAGCACAGUGUAAAGAGCCAAACUCCAGAGAUCAAUCCCGUCUCUCUCACUCGGAGCUACUCGCUAGAAAGCCACCCCCUAUGCCAGGAUAUCCUUGAAGGGCAUGUGUAUGUUAACGUGGGGCUAAAAGGAAACGGGCACAUUUAUGAAAACCCUGGAGAGCUUAGGGAUGCGACCCCUGACCUUAUACUGGCAGUCAAAUCUAAAGUGCCUCCGGAGCACGAGGAACAGUUUGGACCUGACAAGGGGAUUGAGGAAUGGCCAUCAAGCAGUGAUGUGACCCUGAGAUCUGCCAGCAUGGAAAGAGCAGAAAGAAACUCUAGAGCUCUUAGCCUCCACAACUCCAUCACCAAGAUUCUCUCAGAGACAACGGAUUCAUCUGAGGAGGAAUGGCAGUCUAUUGCUGAUCUGGCCACCGCCUGUCGGAACAUUCUGGAAGCUCUGUCUCGAGAAGACCGGAAGGCCGGAGACGGCUCACAAGCAUCCCUGGAGACAAUGAGCCAGUCUGGCCAGACAGACAGCAAGUUUAAAGACAGUGACUCACCCGGUCACCUUGAGGAGAAAGUUUCCCAGUUGGAGGCCAUGUUGAAGCGACUGCAGGACGACCUCCAAAAGGAGAAAGAGGACAAGGCAUUGCUGCAAGCAGAGGUGCAGAGUCUCAGGCAGAACAACCAGCGCUUGCAGGAAGAGUCUCAGAGCACAGUGGCACGUCUCAUCAAAGUCACUGAGCUGCUCUGCAACAUCACCAAGCCCAGCUAGCAGAGAAGUCCAUUCCAUGGCAGCAUACAAGACCAAGAUUCAAGAUACACAAAGACACAUCUGAAGGCCAGUGCAGAUGUUAGCAAACCCUACAAACGUGGCCCAAAAAAUGACUCUUAAGGAGAUUGUUCUGCAAAUAAAAUUAAUUCUGUCAUAAUUUACUCCCCCUCUUGUUGAUCUAGACCUGUAUGGCUUCCUUUCUUCUUCGGAACACAAAAGGAGAUGUUAGACAAAAUGUUAGCCUCAGUCACAAUUCACUUUAAAUGUAUGUGACUGAGGCUAACAUUCUGCUUGACAUCAUCUACAAAUGUUAACGGGCAUUGAUAGCCUCAUUGCCAGUGUCAUGGACUUGCUCUGGAUCCAUACCCUCAGCAGGGGGUGAUAUUGUUCACUUGCAGCUAAACCCUCAGACCAGUGUCAUGCACAAAGUACGGUAGCGGACAUUUAGUAAUUCAGAACCAUAGACCACAAAUUCACUGUAGUGUCUACUUCAUCUUUAAGUACUGUUACUCUGCUAAAUAAAGUAGGCUUUUUACCGUACCCCUACAUCUUAUGUCUGCAAGUUAGCAGAGUGGACAUAAACAAACUAUCGGGUCAAGAUAACUAGCAAUACGUUGACCCUUAUUUGCUAUUGUAAUAGGUGGCUUUAGGAGCUUCAGACCACAAUUUAAAUGCAUAACCCCUUAUUAACCUUCACAGUGUCAGAUAUUGGUAGAACAAAUUCUCUGUUGGCAAUAGGCCACAAGUUCCACAGGUGUGCAUCAUUGACAUCUUGGCACACCAAAUAUUUCCAUUCGUUUUGAAUGACCCUUUGGGAUAUGGUCCUUUCUACUCUUAAAGUUGCUGCAAAAUUGAUUUCCAAGUUGGGCAGUAUUGCACACAUAAUAAGUAAUUUAAAAUUAAUCGAAUCAAAGAAUUUUGGAGUCACUGAAGAGUAUUUGUGUUGCCAUUUUUCUUAUGACUAAUGUGGGGUGAAAGAAAAAACUUAUUGGCAUGGCCAUUUGUCCAAUUCUUUUCCGCCAUCCAUCAAUUCCAAGCAAAAUGUCCAGUCAAGUCACAUUCUGAGACACUUGUGCAAACGUGACUCUCCAUUCAGGCCUCAGAUUCCAGCAUUGGAACAAGUCUCUAUUAUUUAGCUAGGCUUGGCCCGGACCCUUAUUAAAAACCUGGAUCGAGAGAUGCAUUUUCCAAUCUUCAGCAUUGACUUUUUUGCAAGCCUAGUUCAGUGUUGCUUUUUGAUGUUUGUAAUGGGACAAUGUAUCUGACAUCUGAACUUUGAAACUGCAACCUCUUCUCUUAUCUGCUUCUUUUGUUAUUUUGUAAAUUUUUAUAGGAGGGGUAUCAAUUCCUGAUUAAGACUUGUUCAAUUUAUUGGAACCACCUAAUUCAACAAUGAGUGGAGCUCUUGACUUGAGGAGAUAGGAUUUCUUCCCACUAACUGUCAAUUUGGUGUCAAAUGAUUAAGGGAAGCAUGACUUAAAUUCCCAUUUCUAAAUAUGGGAGCAAUUUCUGAUUAAAGUGUUUGUUCGCUGCACACAAAGAUUUAAUAGACAAGCCAGAUGUGUGUGUUCUGCUGUGUUCACGUACUAAUUGCUUCAAGUGCUUUUUGCUGAAUUGUGAGAUGGCACAUAUUCUUAAAAAUUACUAUUUUGUCUCUUCUUUCUUCUAUUGCACUCUAAUAUCGCCCUUUACUGAAAGGUGCACUGAUAAUAUGAAAGACGAAAAAGAGCAUAAUAACUCUUUCCUCCACACACAUACAUAUGUACCAGCACUCACACAGUUCGGAACAUGCCGGACAGACCUUGAAUUCACGUACUGCCAACGCAAACCUACUGUCAUAUAUGGGACGUUCCCUAGUGUCCAGUAGAGGGCGCAAGGUUUCUUGUGUGUCUUUAUUGUGAAGUCCUUGUUACCUGUUUCCCCUGUUGAUUGUUUCCCCAGGUGUGUCUUGUCUACUAGCCAAGUUAUCCUUGGUAAGGCGUGGUCACAUUUACCUUUGCACGGCAAAAUUCCACUGGCAAAAAAGGCGUGGGCAGACAUUGAGGGUGUGAGGAAACAGCAAAAAACUAUUGACAACCCUUACAAAAACAGUUCAUGGCAAAUUCGCUACUGAUUAUUUGUACAUGCAAAUGAGCUUUGCGGUAAACUUGUGGCAAAUUGUCCAUUGUUGCCAAAGGAUUGCUGCAGGUUUACCACUACUGGAGAAGAGCUACAAACUUCUGGCAAACAUUUGAAGCGAAUCAUAAGCUCAUUUGCAUGUGAAUAUAAUGUGAAAAUGUGUGGCAAGUUUGCGGCUAGUUUGCCAGAACUCUAGAUUUUUUUUGUAAGGGAAGCAGCCUCUUUUUUUAAUCUUCUUGUUCGUAGAGCUUUUCAGUAGUGUAGCGCUGAUUUGCAUGCUGCUCUCCAUUUCCUGCAGUCCAGAGCAUCUUCCGGGUCGACUCCAAUCAUCAGUGUCAUCUUAAAUACAGUCCACCCAACGAUUCUUGGGACGGCCACAGGGACGUAGGCCAGCUGGAUCUAACCUCAUUGCCGUUUUUGCCACAGACUCUUCCUCGCUUUGCAUGCCGUGCCCAUACCACUGUAGGUAUCGGCAUCCGCAGAGACAUGGGAGCCGAGGUACUUAAAAGUGGUGACAUUUUUAAGUUCCUGGCCACCCACAGGUGAUAGGAAGUAGCCUUUUUAUAAUAUAGAACUUUAUACUCUGUGAGAGUGAUGUUAAAAAGAAACUCACUGCUAAAAUUAUGUCCUUGUCCAUUGUGAAUCUUCAGUGUAGCUGUGUAUGAAGCACCGCCUACACAGAGGUCACUGCCAAACCAAGCAACUUCCUUUUGAUCAACGUGGCAAAUUCGCCUGUCAAAGUUCACCAUACUUGAACUUUGCACGAAGUCAGCGAGAGGAAAUACUUUGCAACCGAAAGUCCAUUGCGUGAAAUGUAUGGAUUCCCAUUGAAAUGACUGUAUUUUGCCCAUGGAAUUUCGCCGUGCGAAGGUAAAUGUGACCGUACCUUUAGUCUGUGUAUAAUGCCCUCAUGUUCUCUGUGUCUUAGUCAGUUAUCAUCCUUUGUAGGCUGUAGGGUACGGUUCUGGUGUUUCUCAAAUUCUUGUGUUUUGUUUGCAUUCUUUAAUAAAACUGCACUUAGAUCCUACAAUCUCUGGUCUCCAGCCAGCAUUACAGAGUAUAAGAACUGACCAAGACACAGAGAUUAACAAGGAUAACAAGGUUAAUAGACAAGACAAACCUGGGAGACAAUCAACAAGGCAAACAGGAAACAAAGGCAGGACUUCAAAAUAAAAGACACUCAAGUAACCUACGCCAUCUUCUGGAUGCUAAGGAACGUCCCAUGUAUGACAGCUACAUGCAAAGGGAAACAAAGGUAAAUGUUAAAUGCCCUUCUUGAGCAUUACUGUCCAUAUGUUAUUUUUGAAUUUUCUUUUAUAGUCACUGUGAUAACCUGGUACCAGCAGAUUCUGAUGUACUACCAUGAAAUUAUAAAUCUAUAUCUUUAUCCCUCUCUGUAAAAAAAAUGUAGGGCCAAAAUAAGUGUUACUUACCUCCAAUGUCUGUAUAUCCUGAUGGAACUGGAAUCAAGUAUGGAGAUUGCUGAUUAGCUGUUACCAUUAGUGCAGAGUUUGUUCAAUCUGGUGAAUGCAGCACGACUUUAGUGCUAAUCAUUGCGACAGGCAGCGAUUUGAAUAUACUGAUGCAGGUUUAAUGCAAUCAGUCUUCAGUCAUGCAGUUUGUGGGGUAUACUUGGAAAAAUAGCUAUGUAAAGGAACUAUCUUCUGUUCAUCUGUGUGCGACAUAGUCUUUAGAUUGUAGGAGGUUGUGAAGUGCACCAAGCAUUUCCCAAGCCACCUUCUGUAUGUGUGUAUGUAUAUAUAAAAAUGUAAUAACUUAUUAAUCUUGAAAAUGUGGAUGUUAUUGGUAGAUAGAUAUAUUUGAACUGGAAGGGAAUGGGUUGGGUUAGGUAAAGUUAUCUUAUUUUUUUAAGAGCAUUAUGGCAAGACAUGAUGGCAGCUCAUAAUUUGUCAUCUGGUUUACUGGAAUAAUAAUAACGUUUCUUUCUGGUUUUGUGUGUUGUGAGGUAUGCCUUAAGUGGAAACCUGAAAUUACCCUGGAAAAUAACUCAAAGGGACAGUGUGAGUUUAACACUCGUGGCUACUUGAAUAAUUAUGUGUGUCAUUCCAUAUUUUCAUGUUCUUAACUAUUUUUAUCUUUUUUUUUUUUCUUUUUUUUUUAUUGCCAAAGCUGUAUUAUGAAUUUACCUUCUAUUGAAACUGUAUUGUUAACUUGUUGUGUUGACCCAAGUGGUUUCCAGUUUAGAAUCUUACAUUGUUAUUGACAAUUUCUUUAAACAAAAUUAUCAGCAAAAGUUUGUGUGGAACAAAAAAUGCAGUUAGUCUAAAUUGCUUUCAGACACAUCUGUGAUUUUAAAGGGACAGGUUUGUAUAUGUCAAACUAAACCCUCUUUUUAUGGUAUGGUAUUUUUAUGGAGCUUCAAGUGCUCCCCACGAUAUAGUUAAGCUUGCCUUGUGUUUUAUUAUAAAUUACACAAUUAAGUUUUACUAUUGUUUAUGAACUAUUGUUCUUUUUUAUUUCUUUUGAUUUUUUAUAUGAUGCUUAAAUAUGCACUGAAACAUCUGAAAGGACUUUAAAAGUACAGCCUGCAUACCACAGUCACUCAAGCCAUGUAAAUCAUGCAGACAAAGGUGUGCUGAUUGCUGUAGUAUCAAAUUAUGUAUUUUAACUUUAUCAACAAUUGCAGACUGUGCAUUUAAAUCCCCCUUCAUAACUUGGUCAAUCGCUCUUAUGAAUGUCAAUUUUUCACUUUGUUAGCUGUAUCUGCAAAAACAAAUAUGUUGCUCUUUUUCAUGUCUUUGUUGUUAGCCCUGUCAUGGCUUAGUCCUGGACUAAACCGUCCUAUUAAUUGUUAUUCCACGCAGAUGAUCCUUGCAUGUCAAGGACUAUUCUUAAUUGCCAAAUCUGCCCAAAAUGAGCAUUACUGUAAAUCUACCUAUCCAAUAAAUUAUCAACUCUCUAAUACACCUAUUUGAAUCCUUAGUUAGCAGGCACUGUUUUGCAUAGUAAGCACUAUUGUCACAUUUGAAAUAAAUGCAUGGGUAUGUGGCAAACCACAAACCCACACUCUAUGCACACUGGUCAAUAAUCUCCUGACUGGACCAAGGUUAGAGGAAUGUGCUGUCCAGUCAAAACUACACUUGCUACACUUGUUCCUUUUAACUGAUAGGGAAGUAUUGUUUAUGUAUGUGAACCAGAGGGAUCCUGGCAAUAAAAACUGAACUUGUAUAUGUACAAGCUGGA